CACUCCAACAACUUGCCAGUAAACAGUUUAAAUUGAAGUUUUAUAAAGCAAACAACAUACUUGCCUGUUAGUAGAACAGUUUGUGCUGUCAAAUAAGGAUACAAAAAAUACUUAUAACGAACAAAGGAUACCUAUAAUAACAGCAUGAAAUCACUAUACAUUUUUAUGGGAAUAUUCAUACUAUUACUCCUCAAGGAUGUGACCAACGUAGAUACAGCUGCUGUUAUAUGCUCGGAAGACAAACCCACGAUAGAUCUGGCGGAACGUAAAACAGAUGCAGACAACAGUAGCGAAGAGUACAAUGUCGACAGCAAAAAUAAAGAAGAAAAUAAAAAUUCUUUAAAUAAACUAUUUCAUAAUAUACAAUGUACAUUGGAAAAAGCUAAACCAUGGGUGGCUGAAUUGCAGCAGGAAGCCAAACGUUUAGAAGAAGCUGCUAAACUUUUGGGAUUAGGUAUAUUAAAUUCUUUUGGUGAAUUUGUUGAUAAAUUAGUUGAAGAAACUGCUGAGACUUCUACAAAAAAUCCAUAUAAUUCUACACUUAGUGCCGAAGAUGCUGGUAACUCAACGGUAGAUACUGCUAAUGAGGAAAUAUCACAAUAUUUGUGUCCAGAAGGAUUUAUAGCUGAUCAUAAUGGUAUAUGUGAACGUAUUGAUUAA